GCCGGCCGAGCUUUUCCGAUUUUGGCCGAGGUCGCCGAGAUCAGCUGACACGAAGCCCGCGUCGGUUCGUCAGGGCCCGGUAGUCGCGCUUCCUCUUGUGGCGGGGGCUUCAGUUCCCGUCAAAGGGCCACAUAAAAAAAAAAGGAACACUAGUCGUCGGGGUGGUGACGGCGGCGCGUGACUGCUGAGCGCGAAGGAUGCCGUCGUUGCUCUUCUGCGGGCCCAAAAUGGCCGCGUGCGGUAUGGUCAUCAGCAUUUGGGGCGUCAUCAUGUUGGCGAUGCUGGGAAUCUUCUUCAGCGCCAAGUCGGCCGUGCUGAUCGAGGACGUCCCGUUUACCGAGGAGGACAUCCGCAACGAUCAACACCCUCCUCAGAACAUCUACGGUCUCUACAGCCAAGUGGGCAUCAACUGCUUCAUCGCGGCCGCCGUCUACGUGGCGCUGGGCGCCGUGUCGCUGUGCCAGGUUCGACUCAACAAGCGGCAGGAGUACAUGGUGACCUAAGAUGGCUGCCCCCCCCGACCCCGACUGUCCCCCCAA